AUGGUCCAGUUGGUGGAGUUCGUGAUGCUAGAUCUGGGGGGGGGUGCUGUUCCAAGACGUGGCGGUCACAGUCUAGACUAUCCUGGUCACCUACCAUCACGAGGUAGAGGUGGUGCACCAACACGAGGAUAUCUUGGAAAUAACUUCCUGACUAGAGAGGAGCGUCGCGCCCGCGCUUCGCAGUCGGGAAGUCAGACUUUUGGACAAGGUGGCCAACAAAGCCUGCCUCCUGGACUGCCAGCUUUGAAUUUUGGAGAGCAAGGCCUUCCACAACGUUCUGCUCGGCCGGCGCAGGCUCAAGGUGGUCAAAAUCUACCUGCUGGCCCUCCAUAUUCAACAUUCGGGGCACAAGGUACCCCGCACCAAAAUCCUGGAAAUCCAGGAGGUGCUCCAAACCAACAGUGA